UUGAGCUGUUUAGACUUUAACUUUAUCAUACUUUUAACUUAUCAAACCUUUAUUUUAUGAGAAUGAAGAAAAGCAUUAUUUAUUGCAUUUGAAUAAAGGAAUGCCUUAAACAUUGUUAUUUAAGAAGAAAGGAUUGUAGUAAUUAUUGCAAAUAGGGAAAGGAUUGUGUCAUUGCAUUUAAAGAAAGAUUUCAUUUUUUUAUUGAAUUUCAAGUAAGGAUUGUGAUGCAAAAUAAUUACAUUUAAUGUAAGGAACAUUGAAUUUAAAACGAUACAAUGCAUUGGUUUAAAGAGAAGAAGUGGAUUUGGAUCCUUGAAUGUGUCACAAUUUUUGUACAUGUAUUUAAAACAGUCCUUACCAGCAAGUUCACUCAGUUUACUCUCUCGUCGAGUAAUGCACGGUACAGUGAUAAUUUAGUGCAACAUUUAAACACUAGCAUAAUACAAUGUGCGAGAUUAUGUAAUGGUGAGGAUGAAUGUACGUCUGUUAACCACAAUGCGGACACAGGCGUUUGCGAACUGACAACAUACGUUCCUGGGGUGGUGACACCUUCAACAGUUGCCGAAUCCAACUGGAACAUUUAUUAUGAUGAUCGUUUUGUUCCUGCUGUUGACGCGUGGCAGCAAUCUACAUACGUGCACUGGGAUGUACAGCUUGCAGCAAGCUUAGCAACAGAUGGCAACCGCGGCGACAAAAAUAAGGUGACGAAUGAAUUAGACUGUGCUCAUACUACAAGUAGCUAUUCUUAUUGGGGAAUGGAAUUUGAGCGUUUUGCAGAAGUGGCCCAUGUUAUCAUCUUUUUUAGGAAUUCCUCACAAGUCAAUAACAGGAACUCGAAUUUGCGGUUACUGAUUUCCCCCACCCGACAAGAUGCAGACAACAAUAUCGGAACUGACUGCGCAUACUACGCCGGACCUCCAGCAUCGCCGUCUUUACCUGUAAAGAUCCCAUGUGCUCAGCACGUGACAGGAAAGUUUCUGAAGAUCAUCCACAACGCAGAUGAGCUCCUUGGUCUUUGUGAAGUAGAGGUUUACUCGGUUUAGGGAAACACUUCUGGCUAUCUACUUUACUUUAAAUAAAAAGUUUCUAUUA